UGAGUGGGGUAAAGACUGUCCUUGUGGAGCCUACUAGUGGCAACACCGGAAUCGGGAUGGCAUCCGUUGCAGCAGUCAAGGGUUACAGGGUUAAACUCACCAUGCCAUCUUCUUACAGCAUCGAGAGAAGAAUUGUGCUCCUUGCUUUUGGAGCUGAGGUUUACUUGACGGACCCUGCCAAGGGCUUUAAGGGGGUUUAUGAUAAGGCCUUGGAGCUGUUAAACGACACACCUAACAGUUAUAUGCUUCAGCAGUUUGACAAUCCUGCCAAUCCACAGAUACAUUAUGACACGACUGGCCCAGAAAUUUGGAGAGAUUCUGAAGGAAAAGUUGAUGCCCUGGUUGCAGGAAUAGGGACUGGGGGUACAAUAUCUGGUGUA